AUGGGCGGGGACGAGGCGGAGAAACACCAGGGGGAGAAGGAGCAUGCGGGGAUGGGGAUGGUUCUGGAGCGAAGGGAGGAGCGGCGGGAGAAAAUCACGCGGGAGUUUGUGCCGUUAGACCGGCUAGAUCGCGAGGAAGGGGGACUGAGAGGGUUCGCGAAUGGUCUCUCGCGGAAAGAGACGGGGGGAGGUGGCGGAACGGCGGAUAACGGGGCUGGUUAUAGUGAGAACAGCGGCAGCGGCAGUGGGGGCGGUGGCAGCGGUGGAAGCAGCUCCAACGGCGGUGCUGCUGCUGUAGCAGGCGCAGCAUGGGUAGCUGAGGCAGGGGGGGAUAGUAACGGCAAGGCAGGCUCGGGAGGUGGAGGGGGAGAGCAGCAAGGGAGCAACGGGAAGGGCAAGAAAGAGGCAGCGCAGACACAGCUAGACGAAGACGAUAUUCCUCUGCUUAUGCCUUUAAAGGGGUUGUUUAAAAGCAAGGAUCUUGACGAGGAGAUUAAAGAGGAGGAGGAGGAGGAGCGGAAGAAGGGGGAGAGGGGAGCGGAGAGGAAGCGGCAGGUGGCGAGGCGGGAGUUUCGGAGCGAUGAUUGGAGUCACCUGGGGGAAGCGAGGGGGGGUUUGUCGUCUAGUGAAAGCGGUGCUGGUGGAGGAAGUGGCGCUGCUGCUGCUGGGGGAGCGAACACCAUGGGUGCUGGGGAUCACAGCGUGGGGGGUGAUGGGUCUGCCAGAGAUAGUGGUAGUGCUAGUAACGAAGCCAGCCAUAGCGCGUCAGGUGCCUCUAACGGAGCUUCACAGGCAACUGCAGGUUCCACAGGCAGCAGCACUGGUGCCACAAACGAGGGCGAGCAUGGGGCUGCUAAGCCAAGUGUGACUAAAACGAACGAGACGAAUGGUGAGAAGGGCGGCGAUGUGGGUCAGCUGGUGGGACGAAUCCUCGACAGGCUGGACGAUAUGGAGGACGAGGGGGGUAAGUUCAACAAAACCCUCGAAAAACAAGAGGCAGUUCUGGAAACAGUCGCGCGGGUGGGUAAACACCACGUGCUGGAAGAGGUGAAGGAGAGGGAGCAGCGGGAGGAGCAGGAGGACCGACAGGUGUUAGAGGAAGCAGAGAGGGAGGAAACACAGGAGAAGAUGAAGCAGCUAGAGCAGGUGGCUCUAGCCAUGGCUGCUGCGGAAGCGGAAAAGAAGGCGAAAAAGAAAGGGGUGGCAGCGGUGGCGGCGGUGGUGAGCCAGGGGGUGAAAGCGAGCGAAGUGUCGCUGUUUGACCUGGUGUUUGGGCGGGAUAGCAGCGGGAAACAACCUCCCCCAAUCUCGCCCUCCCCCAGCCUCCGAACGAAGAACCUGACUAGGCUGGCCGCAGCUAAGAAGCGGUUUGCAGAGAGAGCAGGGCGGGGGGCGAGGGAGAAGGAGAGAUCGGAGAGGGUGGAGGAGGGGGAGAACGAUGUUCCGAGGCUGAUAGACUCGCAGGACAAUGAGUACGUUAUAAGCAGCCCCGGUAAGGGGUCGAAGAUGCAGCUGCAGGAAGACUUUAUGCUUAUAUCGGAUGUGGUGAUGGUGAUUGUGGCGGCGGCGCUGGGCGGGCUCGCGUGUGGGCUGGUGGGGCAGCCGAUCAUCCUGGGGUACAUCGUUGCAGGGAUGAUCAUUGGACCCGGAGGGUUCGGCUUGAUUCACGAGCUCGUGCAGGUAUCAGACGGGGAAUGUCAAUCUGAAGGGGGCUGGGGGAGUGACGGAGCAGCCAAGGGGCCUGCUCAGUUCGGGGUGGUCUUCCUGCUCUUUGCCAUCGGGGUCGAAUUCAGCCUCGCCCGCAUGCAAGGCGUGCAUGCUGUGGCGCUAGCGGGCGGCAUAAUUCAGAUCGGUCUGUCCAUGGUGCUGGGCGGCAUCGUGAGCUCCAACACGCCCCAGGGGCUGUUCAUCGGGGGAUUCCUCUCCAUGUCGUCCACUGCCGUGGUGCUCAAGUGUCUGAUGGACAUUAACAGCAUGGGCACCGAGCACGGGCAGGUAUGGCUGUGGAUGGGAUGGGAUGGGGGAGGGGAUGGGAGGGGGGAGAAGGGGUUAGGUGGGCUUAAAAAGGCAUCCAACACUCCCCAGGGGCUGUUCAUAGGGGAAUUCCUCUCCAUGUCGUCAACAGCCGUGGUGCUCAAGUGCCUCAUGGAUAUUAACAGCAUGGGCACCGAGCACGGGCAGAUCAUGCUUGGCACUCUCAUCUCUCAAGAUUGCGCUCUUGGCCUGCUCCUCGCAAUAAUGCCAGCCCUCGCCGCCCGCCCCGCCUCCGCCUCAGCCAUCCUGCUCGCUCUCCUCCGCGAGCUCCUAAUCCUCCUCGCCUUCGCUCUCAUUGCCUGGCUGCUCGCGCGCUUCUUCGUCCCCCGCUUCCUCCCGCUGCUGCUGCGCCUGGCGCGCGGGUCGUUCAACAGUGAGAUCUAUCACUUGGGUGUGGUGGCGAUCUGUCUGUGCGUCGCUCUGCUCUCUGAAGGGCUCGGACUGUCGCUCGAAGUGGGAGCUUUUGUAGCUGGCCUCAUGCUCUCAGGCAACAGCUACAGCGAGCGAACACUACAUCAAGUCGAGCCAAUCCGCAACCUCUUUGCAGCACUGUUCCUGGCGAGCAUAGGCAUGGUCAUGCACCCCCUCUUCCUCUGGCAGCACAUCGACAUCCUCCUCAUUGCUGUUGCCGUGGUGUUCGUCUCUAAAGCCUGCCUCGUUGGGUUUGUGGUUCGGGCGUUUGGCUACAGCACCGGCACAGCAGCAUCAGUCGGCGUGGCGCUAGCACAGAUCGGCGAGUUCUCCUUCGUGCUGCUCUCCCGCGCUCAAACCCUCAAGCUCGUCGGCCACAAGCUCUACCUCCUGCUCAUGGGCACCACCGCUCUCUCUCUCGUGCUCACCCCCUUCACCUUCCUCUUCGUUCCCCGCCUCGCCCUACUCUUCCCCUCCACUCGCUCCCGGCCCCGGGCUAAGGCGUCCGCGUCCCCCGCUCCUGCUGCUGCACAGGAGAAGAUCAAAUCGGGGUAUGGGAUCAAAUCGGCGGCUGUGAAUGGGGUGGGCGGGGAGGAUGGUGGUGGUGGGGGUGGUGGCGGUGAUACGACGUACAGCCUACUUGCACAUGAGUGGCUCAAGUAG